AUGGUUUCAACUGCAGUCUUGUUUUGGACCAACAUGAAUCGCUUUCCUUCAAUUCACUUAGACUUUACGUGGUUGAUGGCAUUUGCCGUUCCAGGCGGCGGUGUUCUUUGCCUCGAGCUUCUCAAGCCCACGGAUUCUCACAUCUCGAACCCCGACAGAGACCCCAGACCAUCUCGCUCUGCCAUCAUUCAACAACUGAGUCUGCUGGUUGGGUUUCUAUCCUGGGUCAAGCCUUCAGCUUCAAACGGAGACCUCUGCGCUGACUGCAAGGUGGUAAUCCAGCACGUGCUUAACCGCGCCUUGAACGACCCAGCUGGAGUCCACACCGGGGCCAUUGAUGUAUCUGACUGGAACAUUUCCACACGAAUAGGUUAUGAGUUUGACCUUCUGGAUACUUUUGACUGGCUGCGGGCAGAUCUUUCCUGA